AUAUGAGUGAUACGCCAAACUUCCUGUUAAUCCCCUGCACAGCACUAAGAUAGUCUCAUGUUUAAACGUCAAAAGAGAUAAUAAAGACAAAACGCUAGAACACGUCAGGAUGGAGGGUUUAGAGCUCAUAGAACCGAACGCUUUGUAUAAUAUGCUCCAGCAAGGCACACAGUAUUCAGGCCUGAGCGAUACAAAUUAUCUUUUACUGAUUGAUGCUCGAAGGAAACAUGAAUACAACGAAAGUCAUAUCGUGACUUCUAAAAAGGCACCAAAGAGUGAAAAUGACUUGUUCAUGAUUCCGUAUGAUGCAGAACUGGAAUGCAAACAGAAUAUUGUGGUGUAUGACAGCAACACAUCAACAAUUCCUUUCCACUCAUAUUCCCCUGCAAUUGACUGUGCCAAAUUGUUUUGGGACAUGGGAAGUCGAGACACAGUUAAAAUCUUAAAAGGAGGCUAUGAAGAAUUUUCUGCCCUGUAUCCAUUCCUGAGAACGCAAAAAAUCUUGUUCACGCCAAGGGAGCUGGAUGAGAUCAAGCCAUAUCCAGUAGAACUUAUCCAAGGUCUUCUCUAUAUGGGCAACUGGCGACAGGGAAAUGCUGCUUACAUUCAAAAGGAUCUCAAAAUCCGAGGACAUAUCAACUGUUGUGUGGAAGCUGAAACUUUUUUCCCAGACCCAGGACCUCACCUUCUCCAUAUCCAGGUAAAUGAUGAGAAUGAUGCUGACCUCUUCAGUCAUUUCAAGGCAGCAUGUGAUUUCACAGAUGAGCACUUUGAGGAGAAGUUUGCAGUUCUUGUUUUCGACAACCUGGGUGUCAGUCGCAGUGCGGCAGUUGUUGUUGCUAUCCUGAUGCAUCACUACAAGUGGACUCUGGCUGAGGCUUAUAAUCAUGUGCUGACAUGCUGCAAAAACAUGCGGCCCAACAGAGGUUUCGUGGAGCAGCUGUCGAAAUGGGAAGAAGAAGUCUUAGGAGAGAAGAAAACGGACAUAAGCGACCCCAACUUUUGAUUCCCCUCCUCCUGUCAGAUGCAUGGUGUGCACCUUCCAACAUUGGGCAUAAAUGUUGUUCAUAAAAUGAAGAAUAGAAGAGUAUGGUGGAAAAAUGACAUUUAUCACAAUGUUCACAUUUCAUCCUUGUCGACCUUGAUCUAUUGUUUGCCUUGUUCCACUUAGACCAUACAUUUUAUUUUUGUCCAAAAGGGUCCUAAUCACAUACUGCAUAAUUUAAAAGUAAAACAGAAGUAGUCUACAGGGAAAGAAAGGCAGUUGUCCUCUACAUUUUAUCUUUAACGAGUGUUGUUCCUCCCCCCCCCCCCC